AUGUACAGACAGAUGCAGGUUCUGAGGAUGAAAUCUGAGGUGGCACUACCCAGAGGAAGUGGUAUUGUCACCAGGUGUCUAUUGGAAUUGAAACGAAGGAAGAGUUUUGGAGGCAAAUGGAAGGUAAAGAUCCGUUAUCAAGGGAUAUUGGAGACUUUUGAGGAUCCCUCAUUGGUUGAGAUUCAUGUCAGAACAGCUCAGAAUACUCUAGCCGGAGAUGGUGUUGGGAUCUGUGAUGACCUGAUAACGCUGGAAAUCACGUCUCCUGAUGUAUGUGACCUCACACUUAUUGAUCUACCUGGGAUUACCACUGUACCUUUCAAAGACCAACCAGAGGAUAUUGGUGAUCAGAUCAGACGUCUUAUUUUGAAGUUUAUAAAAAACGAGACCAUUAACCCGGUCGUAGUGCCAUGCAAUGUUGACAUAGCAACAACCGAAGCAAUGAGAAUGGCACAUUCAGUGGAUCCCAAAGGUGCAAGGACUCUGGAUAUUAUCACAAUUCCAGACUUGGUUGGCAAAGGAGCAGAGCCAGAGAAAAGUGUUAUUGGCCAAGUUGUUCACCUGAACAAAGGCUAUGUCAUCGUAAAAUGCCCUGGCCAGAGUGAUAUCAUCCAGAAGAUCUCUUUGGCGGACGCCACUCGACUGGAAAUGGAAUUCUUAAAAAACCACCACUUUAGACUAUUUUUGUAG